UCCACAACAUGCUGACAUCGGGAUAUGGAAGCAAAUUCAAAAACCGAUUGUCCUGUUUGCGGGAAGUCCUUCCCAUCUUCUUUCAUAAACACACAUGUGAAUGAAUGUCUGAAUCUGUCAAAUGUCGAAUCAACAGAGGACGACACGAUGUCAAAGUCGAACAAGCGAAAGUCAAGUGACAGGUCAGAAGACAAGGGAUGGGGGUUUUUCAGACAGAGAAGUGUGUCAAAAAAGGCGAAACUUUCCGAAAGUACAAAAACUAAAUCGAAACAAGAACUUGAACUGAAAGAAAGUGACAAAACUAAUUAUGACAGUGAUGAUGAUGUCUCCAUAUUAAUAAACGAUGACGAUGAUCAACAUUCAGUAAAAUCCCCAAAGUUCAAAACAUCGGCAACAACGCAUCAGACAUCGAACAUCAAAGACAUUUUUCAUAGUUCAAUUCCAAACCGAAAUUCAUCUAGUUCAUCCAGUCAUUCAAAUACAACACAAGCCAAGCCGUCAAGCAGUAACAGCAGCAAGAACAAGUUUGCACCCUUGGCGGAGCGGAUGAGGCCCAUCAGCCUUGACAAGUACGUAGGGCAAACAAAGGCUGUGGGCAGAGACAGCCUUCUCCACUCCCUGCUGCAAGGCAAUCACAUCCCCUCCAUGGUGCUCUGGGGACCCCCUGGCUGUGGAAAGACAACUCUAGCCCGGAUUAUCGCCAAUAACUGUAAGUCUCACAGCAACGUCAAGUUUGUUCAGCUGUCUGCAGCAGCGGCAGGGAUCAGCGAUGUGAAACAGGUAGUCACCGUCGCCAAGAACGACCAGAAGAUGUUCAAGAAGAAAACUAUAUUGUUUCUGGAUGAAAUACACAGAUUCAACAAAACGCAGCAGGACACCCUGUUGCCCCAUGUGGAGGAUGGUACGCUCACUCUGAUUGGUGCAACCACCGAGAACCCAUCUUUCCAGGUCAACGGGGCCCUGCUCAGUCGAUGUCGUGUGAUCGUGUUGGACAAGCUGACUACAGAAGAUCUGUGUGUGAUUCUGUACAGAGCUGUAGAAGAGCUUGGUGGGAGGGUGUUUGAAUCUCAACAAGAUAUAGAAGAUUCCCACAAUGCAGAGGAUCACGGAGACAGCCCUCCUGUGUGGGUAGAGAAGAAUGCCAUCACAACCCUGGCUAACCUGUGUGAUGGAGAUGCUCGAGCUUCCCUCAAUGGCCUCCAGAUGGCAGUGCAGUCGCGAGUCAACUCAUCCAAAUUUGCAUCUGCGACACAGAGCAACGGAGACGCGAACCAGAACAUCGUCAUCGUCAACACGGAUCAUGUGAAGGAGGGCCUACAGAGGUCACAUGUUCUGUAUGAUCGGACAGGCGAAGAACACUACAACAUCAUAUCUGCGAUGCAUAAAUCUAUUCGAGGCUCUGACGCCAACGCUGCCCUCUACUGGCUGGCCCGGAUGCUGGAAGGGGGAGAGAACCCCCUGUAUGUUGCCCGGAGACUUGUUAGGCUGGCCAGUGAGGACAUAGGUUUGGCGGACCCGCUGGCCCUCAACCAGGCUGUAGCAGCAUACCAGGCGUGUCACUUUAUCGGGAUGCCGGAGUGUGAUGUGAUACUGGCCCAGUGUGUGGUAUACAUGGCACGAGCCCCCAAGUCUGUGGAGAUCUACAAGGCGUACAAGAAUGCCAAGUCAAGUGUUCGGGAACACCAGGGGCCCCUCCCCUCUGUUCCUCUUCACCUGCGGAAUGCUCCCACAAAACUCAUGAAGAGCCUCGACUAUGGGAAAGGCUACAAGUACAACCCGGACUACAGUGAACCAGUGGACCAGGAGUACUUCCCAGAGGAACUCAAGGGUACAGACUUCUUCACAUAAGAGUUGCCUCCCCUGAAAACCUGGCACGCCAUCACUUAUAUGGAACAGGUCACUUGUCAUGAUCCGUUUGUUUGUUUUUUAAUGCUGCCCUCAUAUCAGCAACAUUCCAGCGAUAUGGUGGCGGUCUGUAAAUAAUCAAGUCUUGGCCAGACAAUCCAGUGAU